CACAAAUUCCUGUGUGCUCUUGUGAUUUUCCUCCCAGGGUUUUGUGUUGCCGUUCUAUCUAAUUCUUUUUGAGCUCUGCUUUUCGUUUUUCAGCAUUCAACAAUAAUGGCGUCAAGUUCUUCUACGGAAGCAGCAGUCAACAUUGAUGAGAUACGAGAAAGAAAACCAGGGACCAAGAAGGCCACCACCACUACGACUGGCCCAAAAUCUGUGAAACCAUCUUCGUCUGCUGGGACAACCAAGGCCUCUCUUGAUGACAAGAUGGCUAAAGCUAAACGCCUUAAGGAGCAGCAAGAAGCUGAGCGUAAGAGGAAGCUGGAAGAAAAACAGGCCCGGGAGGCACAAAGGCUGGAAGCCAUGGCGCAGAGGAGGCGAGAAUUGGAUGCAAAGAAAGCAUCAAAAUUAGGAACUGCAAAACCGAAGACAAUGGAUGCGAACGAAAAACCUGAAGGUGGUGUUACAUCGAAACCAAAAGCAACUGCUCCUGUCUCACGCGUGCGUUCAGGAAGUACAAAAACAGCAACCAGUAUUCCCAAAGCAACGACAGCUAGAGAAGUGAAAAAGCCAACCAGCACCCGAACUGUUACUGCAAAAGCUACUACCAAACCUACAGUCAAAUCAACAGUGACUAAACCACCAACCACUAAAUCGACUGCUACUUCUAAGCCAGCAACCAAACCAGCUUCUUUGCCUCGGCCUGGUUCAACACGAAUUGCUGUUGGUGCUCGAACGACUGGUGCUUCUAAGACUACUGCCAAACCCAAUGCUGUCAAAUCAGGCCUCAAAAAACCGUCCUCGACAAAGACCGCCGAUGUGAAAACAUCUCGUACCAAGCCCUCGUCUAAGACCACCAAAGACAGUCCCACAAAGACGUCUGCUAAAUCAGCUAAACAGGACAAAAAACAAAACGAGGAGGAGAGCCAUGUGGACGAUCAGGUUGUAGGUGAUGUGGAGAAUGAGCGUGUAACCAGUGUAGAUCCAGACAAUGCUGUGAUCCGAAGUGAUGCCUUUGUUGAAUCCAGUGUGGAUCCAGACAAUGCUGUGAUCCAAAGUGGUGACUCCGUUGAAACCAGUGGAUCUCCUUUGUCCAAGCAUGUGUCUCAGUCUGUGCCAGCCAUCACACCGAGCACUGCGAGUCGUGUGGGUCAGAUCAUCGCAUCUCAAACCUCUCUUAGUAAGGAUCUUCAGACCCGGCUCCCCCAUGCCGCUGUGGUCGGGAAUACAGAGGAGACUGGAGAACCGCAACCUAUGGAUGAGACAAGUGAAGAGCCAACACCUGUCGAACCAACUGAAGACAACGAACCUCGCCUGGUGAGAGUGUCGAGCCCUGGGCCAGAGCUGACCCUCCCUGAUGAGUUUGGAGCAGAGUGGAAGAAUGAGAAAGACUUGCAGGCGACCAAAGAAGAGGAGACAAGGACUGAGAGAAGAAAGAGGGUAGAUGUGAUUAUGAUGAAGACUAGAGCUAGGGGAGAAGAACUAGGAAUGCAGGAAAUUUCUCUACUGUCAACCACACCCUCUCCAUCUGAUGUCACAGCAGCUGAACAAUUUGAUGCAAGAGAAACACUGACAGCUCAGGACUCGUUUGAGUUUAGAGGUGAUAUUCCUCAGGAUGUGCUGCCUGCAGACAACCAAGGAGACGAUUAUGUAACGUUCGAUGUUGAUGGUUCUGAAGUGUCAGUCUCAACGCCUCCUUCCGAGUCACCUUCCACUCCUACGCCAUCCACACCCCCACCUGAUAAACUGUCUUCACUGCCACCCUCCUUAUCACCAUCAGAGGCACCCUGCACACCUCCACCUGAGGAACGAUCCACGUCGCCAACUGAAGCACCAACCUCACCGCCCCCGGAGGCACAAUCCACAUCGCCAACUGAGGAACCAACCUCACCACCACCUGAGGCAUUGUCCACACCUACACUUGAGGAACGAUCCACGCCGCCAACUGAGGAACCAACCUCACCGCCACCGGAGGCACGAUCCACAUCGCCAACUGAGGAACCAACCUCACCGCCACCGGAGGAGGCACGAUCCACAUCGCCAACUGAGGAACCAACCUCACCGCCACCGGAGGCACGAUCCACAUCGCCAACUGAGGAACCAACCUCACCUCCACCUGAGAAAUUGUCCACACCUACACCUGAGGUACCGUCCACACUGCCACCUGAGGCACCAUCUACUCCCCCACCUGAGGCACCAUCCUCGCCGUUGCCUGAGGCACCAUCUACUCCCCCACCUGAGUCACCAUCCUCGCCGCUACCUGAGUCACCAUCCACACCACCACCUGAGGAACCAACUUCACUGCCACCUGAGGCAUUGUCCACACCUACACCUGAGGUACCAUCCACAUUUCCACCUGAGGCACCGUCUACUCCCCCACCUGAGGCACCAUCCUCGCCUCUACCUGAGAUACCAUCCACACCGCCACCUGAGGUGCCAUUAUCGCCCCAACCAGCUGAGGCACUAUCCGAAUCGCCAACUUCACCUCUGCCUGAUGCUUCACAACCAGAUUCACCGGCCCCAGAGGUCCCUUCCUCGCCACCACCUGACACACUAGUGGAGGAUAUCGAAGAUAAAGAUGAUCCUUUAGUCUCAUUUGACGAACAGACCUCUUCUGACGUUCUAUUGAUGUUACCCGAGGAUAAUGAAUCAGAGUUGCAGCAGAUGAUGGAUGACACUUCUCGAAGAAUUGACAACAUGGAAACCAAACCUGUUGCAGAAGAUCGUGUUAUUACUGGUGAUCUUCUUGGGUUUGAACCGUCCCCCGAAACUGCUACUCAACCGAAUAUUUCGGACAAUCCGUUCGAUCUUAACCUCCUAGCAAAUCAAUCCGAAACGACUGACCACCUGUAUUUUGGGGACGGAGAAGAAAAAAAUCAAUACUAGUGAAUAAUGUGAAUGUGUUAAAUAGUUUUACAUAGGAUUCAAUCAAAUGUGUGUAUGCUGACAAAGUAGAUACAAUUUCUUAUGAUCACCCCUUCUUAGAUUUCUUCCUGUAUCAUUAUAAGUUGAGUUACCUGCAAA